CAUGCAAAAUACUUUGAAAUAUUCGAAAUCAACGAUUCUAUAACUUUAAGUUUUUCUGACACUAUUAUUAUAACGGAUAAUUUUAAUCUUUAUUUUGUAAUUUAAAAUGCUGUGUUACAGAUUUUUAAUCUAACCAAUCAGGAUUUUAAUUAUCCAGUACCGGCAGUCUGCAUUCACAUAAUGCACACCGUGAGGAGUCGUGUACUCCUAGAAAUAGAAUAUUUCUCCCCGAGUGGUGUAUACGUAACAUUUCACAUUUAAGUUUUAUUAUGCAACUCUAUUUCAUCUUGGAGUCAGGGAUAAAUUGCUCACCUGCCUCGCGAUUGUUCUCUUUUCAACAUUCCAAUAACUCGAUAAAAAAAUCUUUAUUCCUGACGUGUGCGUGACUUUUACAAAAACUCGCUGCAGAUUACGUUGUGCGCGGAGUCGUACCUUGCUAAAGUCAAUUUCAAAAGUACAGAAAUAAGAACAUUUUGAAUUUGAGGAAAAAGCUAUUCGACUUGACGAGACGCGUGACUGAAUUUUGUUCUCUAAAAAAUUCUUAUUUGCGUUUUCAAAAUAACCAGUCAGUUCCCGCGUCGAAAUCGUGGCAGUCUCGGAGCGUAAGCGACGGUCAUGUCGUCAUUACCUCGCCUAUUCUUGGCUAGCGAAUUGACCUACUCCAGUCUACACCCACACGUUCGUUGGUCCGGGCCGCAACAGUGAAGGCAUAUAGGCGAGAGAGCGAAGAACUGCUCCGAUCCGCGACGCGACAUAUAACGUAUAGCGCGCAGCAGUAUAGCCAAUAACACACCUCCCCUCCAGCGCGUUACAUGUCAAAGUCGGCGUAAAGAGUGUCCGCGCACCUGCAGAGUGCAGAGAGAGAGAUUGAGAGAGAGAGAGAGAGGAAGAGAAGAGCAACAUCAAGUCCGGCUGUGCUGUGGCUUGUUUGCUGCUUGGAAAGGAUUAAACGGACACUCGAUACGCGCGUAUCUCUUUCUCUUUGUGCACAGUAUAAUAAGCUGCCAAGAUGCUGGCGCUCAUCAACCGUAUCCUCGACUGGUUCAAGUCGCUCUUCUGGAAGGAGGAGAUGGAGCUGACCCUCGUCGGGCUCCAGUACAGCGGCAAGACCACCUUCGUCAACGUCAUCGCGUCUGGACAAUUCAGUGAAGACAUGAUUCCAACUGUAGGUUUCAACAUGCGUAAAAUUACAAAGGGCAAUGUAACCAUCAAAGUUUGGGACAUUGGUGGUCAGCCAAGAUUUAGAUCUAUGUGGGAACGCUAUUGCCGAGGUGUCAACGCUAUAGUUUAUAUGGUAGAUGCUGCUGACCCAGAGAAGAUUGAAGCAAGUCGCAAUGAGCUGCACAAUUUGUUAGAUAAGCCGCAACUUGCUGGAAUACCAGUAUUGGUAUUAGGAAAUAAAAGGGAUCUACCUCAUGCGUAUGAUGAAAAUGGGCUUAUAGAUAGAAUGAAUCUUUCGGCAAUUCAAGAUCGUGAGAUAUGCUGUUACAGCAUUUCGUGCAAAGAAAAAGACAAUAUAGACAUAACGUUGCAAUGGCUCAUAGCACAUUCAAAAAGCGGAGUUCGCUAAUAAUCAGCGGCGCUUACGGUGUCUUCAACAAAAAAAUAUAUAAAAGUCUGAGACAACUCAAAAAAAAAAAAAAAAAAAAAUUAAUAAUAUUAACAGAAUCGUUAUUGAUGAUUUGUGAGCAAGAGAAAAGGAACAUUCUUUAUGAUUCCAUACUGGAGUCAAGUCAUUAAAGUAGAUAAUUCCUUAUCCCUAAAAGCUUCAGUCCAACCGGAAUGAAUUGAUGUGUUGGAAAAGAUAUAUGAAGAUAUGAUUAAAAAAACUAUAACUACUACCAACUAAGCUUGCGCAUGAAGACUUUUUAUGCGACCUACGAGUUUAAGGCACAUUAAAUGCGAGCACGUAGCGUUAAGGAGGUGAAAUUUUUAUAUUUCUGUUUAUAAGUAUAUCGAACUUAGUGUAUCAGUAAAAUCUUCUUUUUCGCAACAAAUGUAUAAUGGAGUACAGGAGAUCAGAGUAGAAGAGGAGAUAAUUAGAGAUUCGACGGUAGCUAUUUGCAAAUACCAAAAUGAAUUUUUAAUGCAAAAUAUGUAUCACAAGCGUUCGCUGUUACGUACGCGGAUGCGUUCGUUCUUUUUCUACCGAUACUUCAAUUUUCACAAUCAACCUUGAACGUUUUAACAUAUCUGUAAUUUUUGAACCUUUUAAAAGCAUGUAUCGACGAAAUUUAUUUUCAUGGCUUUGGUUUGACAAGAAUUUCGCCCAGAAUUUAUACAGAAUAAACUUUUAUCUAGACACAGAUGAUGACAAUAAUUUAACUUGUAGGCCAUCAUGUAUGAUUAAUAUUUUUAAAGAAUUACGGAUUUGUUGAAAUGUAUUCUUAUUUGAGUAAAAUAAUGUAAGUUUGAAGUAGCGGUACUAAAAGGUAUGUAAUAUGCCUUCGGGAGCCUCUUAAUCGUAUGUCACUAGAGCAGCUAGGUAACGUGUUCACGUGACUUAGGAAGUAAAUCGCCGUAAAACCUUUAUGAUCUGCAAAAUGUCUUAAGACCGUUGUGUUGUGUAUAUACAUAUAUAUAUAUGAGAAAAAAUAAAAAAUUCUGUAGACCAUUUUUUCAAAUGGAAUAAUGAGAAACAAA